CAGUGAAUGUGUUAGAGAUCAAGAGAUAUGGAAUUACUGAACAAUUGCCUGACUGAUGGUGUACCGCGUACUGCGUGAGGUGAACAUCUGACCUGAGAUAACAUGCAGGGUUACACAGAUAAGUUGGGACAGGCUAUGUGUAAACAUGCACUGUGAGCCACCCCCAGUCUUGCUGGCUCAAUGUGAAUUCUAGGCAGGUAUUUCGUGUCAGAUGUGUGUAUGUGCUCUUCCGGUUCAGGCAAAAGUAAACAAGGAGGUCUCUAAAAGCUGGAUUGAUUGAGGUUGAUUUGUUUGGAAAUAAUCAAGGUUUAAGGGAAUGUCCUUGACUUUUCACUGGAAAAUAUAUUUCCUGAUUUUAGACGUCAAAGGAAAAGUAUACCGAGAUCUUGGAUGACUGGUGAUAUCUUUGGAAAAAUCAUAACAAGGGAAUGUCCUUGAUGACUUGUUGGAAGAUAUAUUUCCUGAUUUUAGAAGUGAAUGGAUUUGGUCAUCAGUUGAGGGAAGGCUUGGACUCUGAGUUCAUGUGAUGGUUGUGCUGGUGUUUGAGAGGAAGACCAGGCUUGUUAAGGAGGGGAAAUGAGCCGGUUGUGUCAAGUAGACGUUUUCUUGUAGUGAUCGUGAUGUGAGUUAGAGGACUUGUGGACUAGCACCGUGUAGCCGUACAGUGUAGCUGAUCUCGAGAUGCAUCGGCUGUCAAACUCCCCGAGGCCCAAGUCGUCAGCCAUGUAUGAGUACAUCGACUCCGACUCUCACUAUGAGGAUGUUCGCGGAACCCUUGCAAGGAGUGUGUCACAGACACCUAAUGGAGGCCAUGACGUGAGGCAGUCAGUGGUGUCCGAGUCGAGGUCUGCUAUGACUGAUGUGACGAUGAAUACAGAUGAUACUGCUGCCAUCUUCCGCUCAGCCGCUGAUAAGAAGAAACGCUACAACCCGCUGUACCAGCCCGGAGGUGAGUCCGCGUCAUCAUCGUACGCCCGCAAGAAGAAGCAGCAGAAGCAAUCCAGUCUGGAGCGUCACGUGCAAGUCCAGUGUGCCUUCCUCCUCCUCCUCAGCAUCCUCGCCCUGGCCGCCCUGGCUCUCAGCCUGUACCUCCUCGUCUUUCAAGUUAUGGAUCACAACAAAUUUGUGCUGAGCAGACUCAACAGCCUUGAAGAGAUUAAUAAGAAACUGUCACAAGAAAAUGAAGCACUCCUGGUGAUUGUGACGGCAGCAGGCUUCAACACUUCCUUGACGACAUCUCCGUUCAUUAAAACUUUGACCAAUGCCAGUGAGACAGUGUUGACAUUUGAGGAAAAACUCAACAGUCUGGAUCAACAAAUGACCUUCACCCAGCAGAAUGUGUCACAGACGUUGGACUACUGGACGGCCUACUUCAAUGAAAGCAUCGUGAAGACCCAGAAGAUGCCGGGACCACAGGGUCCAGCAGGGGUCGGGAACCUGUCAGCAUGUGAAUACAAAAAGGUGACAAGUACUGCAGUCUCCUCCUCCUCUCCAUCCAGGACCUCCUUCCAGCCAGAGAUGAGCCAGCUGGAGAGCAAGGUUGUGAUGUUUGCUGCUUGUGGUGUGGAAGGUGGCACGGGUUCUUCCCUGGACCCGUAUGUCAUCACCCCCAACAAGGUACAGUACAGGUGUGUAUGUUCCGGACAGACCUCCAGCAAAGACAGAAUCUGCCACAUCCAUUUGCUUUUGUGUCCAAGAGAAUCAUAGUGCCUGUGUGUUACCAUAGUGAUGGCAUGGGUGCUGGGAUUCCACAGGACUCUCACCAGCUGUUGCUGGAGAUGGUGGAAGAUAUUCAAGGAUGUGAAGGAGGUGUGUCAUUUGGGAUCCUGAACCAGAAUCACAACACAGGACAAGAAUCCCUUUUUACCGCUAUGGAGGAUCUUGUUUUUUAAUUGCCUCACAUUUGCUCAGCAUUCCUCAGAAAGGACUGAAGUCCAGCCUUAUUUCCAGGAGGGACUCCUUUAACAAUACCACUGGGCCUUGUGUGUAUUCCUCCCUCAUGUUGAAGAAGUCCGGCCUUAUUUCCAGGAGGGACUCCUUUAACAAUACCACUCGGCCUUGUGUGUAUUCCUCCCUCAUGUUGAAGAAGUCCGGCCUUAUUUCCAGGAGGGACUCCUUUAACAAUACCAUUGGGCCUUGUGUGUGUUCCUCCGUUAGUUGAAGAAGUCAGGCCUUAUUUCCAGAAGGGACUCCUUUACCAAUACCAUUGGGCCUUGUGUGUGUUCCUCCGUUAGUUGAAGCAGUCAGGCCUUAUUUCCAGAAGGGACUCCUUUACCAAUACCAUUGGGCCAGUGUGUGUUCCUCCCCUAUGUUGAAGCAGUGACUGAGGUGGACUAGUGCCAUGGAUCAUGUUGACUCUGAUAGAUGUAUGGGUGGUAUGGGAUGAGAUAUGUGUGAGAUGAUAGAUACUACAACAUAGAGACAGUGCCUUGAUUGAAGGCAGGCCUUAGGGGGACAGAACCACUGGUAGUGUGCAUGGAGUGUAUAUUAAUGGCACACAAGUCACCUUGUGCCUCAUGUCCCUGAUGCCUUGAUGAAGUCUGUCAUCUUAUAAGGGACUGACCAUUUGCUAUUCUGGGAAAGGGGACAUGGAUUUUGGGGGAAAUAAACUUAAUGUAAAAAAAGAACAUUGCCUCAGUUUAAAAAAAUAGAAAUUAAUGUUUGCUGGGUAUCACGGAUGUGAUGGAAGUCUACCAACACUUACAAAGGUGAGGCUGCUGUGUUCUGCCGCUUCACCGUAGGAUGAAGCUGAACCUAGGAUCAGUUCAGAUGCAGCCCAAAGUAACCUGCAUUCUCUCUUCAUUAGUGUGAAGGUGAAGGCUGACUGGUGUCCGUCCUAGAGAUGGGCGUAAUACAGCACAAAGUGUAGGGACAGAGUGCCAGCCAAGCCUCGGAGCACUAGAUCCUGCGAUGCAUGCUUCAGCUGGUGCUUAUAUAGUACUCGAUAAGGAUGCUGCAUGAUAGUUGCUAUGCAAUCAUUUAUGGACUUUUCUGUAUUAUUCAAGUGCUAACUGGUUGUGAGAUUUGGAUAUGCUUCAUGCAUUAUCAUUGUAUAUUCGGCCUUGUACUUGUACAUUGUAUAGUUUCAUGUGCGUAAGACGUGUGAAAUUAGGAUUGAUGAUAGUAUUAGAUGAACUUGUAAUGUAUGCUUGAUGAAUUUAUUAUUAGAUUUCAGACCAAAAAUUAUAAAAAUGUCCUCUUAUUUUUUAUUUGACGUGCAUUUUAAUUUUUCUCAUUUUUGUCUUUUUAAACAAUCUCUUUAGAGCAUCUGUGAAGAUUAAAUGCUUAUGAAUGUUAUGAGGACAGGAACUAAUCACUUCAUCUGUAGGCAUGUCAGGGCAAUAAAAUGAUAUGGAUUGGAUGUUUGUUCGUGAGGUGGGCGGGGAUGAAAAUGAAAAAAGUAUUUAUUAUGGCCAAUAAGUACAGUAUUUGCUUUUUAUGUACAUCAAGACCACAUGCAUGUUACUGCCUCAACUAGUACUACUGCCUUACUAGUCCUCAAGUAUUGCUUUAUAAAGUAAAAGAUGUUUCUUGGUCACAAGAUCUCAGAAGAUCUCAGGUUUCAGAUUGUUAGUGUGUAAUAACAGUUGACCUGUUUUGCAUAUAACCUCAAACCAAAUUUAACCUGAAUCAUCUUGGUCAUGCAGGUUCAACAUGACUGUCAUUUCGACCAACUUGUGUUAUUCUUGGACAAGCUGAAUAGCAACUCGUGCCUGUCUUGUAGCCAUUUUUGUGACUGUUCACCCUAAGCGCCAACGGGCAUAGUUAAAAGAAUUGUCAACUUGUUGCAUAAUGUUUCACGUAUAUUUUCCCCCAUGUCAUAGAUAUUCCAGUUGCUACUGAAAACACAUCAGGACUUACAGUAUUUAUACAGUAUGAUUGAAAAUAUUUAACUGUACCUAGGGUAUAUUUGUAGAUGCAAGACAUAAGUAAAAUCGAAAAAUAUUCCUUAGGGAUUCUUUGACUGAAGUACUUGAAGUCAUAUGCGCAUUCUGAUUGGUUUGUAGUAUUUUCCUACAUAACAUUCAUCGAUAGGGGGACGAGGGACGAGGGACCUGCAGGUUACGGAAAGGGUUGAGUGGUGACGAGUGCAUGACUGUUUGUAUUUAAAUGUAACCUUGAUCAGUGGUGCCAUGACAUUCUUCCUUGAUCAAAACUUACCUUUUAACUUGUGAUAUUUAUGAGAAAUAUUAUUAGACGUUCUAUGCACCAUAGAAGUCAUUUUUCUUUUGUUUGGAAUUAUGUAUAUAGUUUUCUUAUAAAGUCACUCGAGAGAAAUGAAUAUUUAAAUUAGUGCAUUAUAUGCUUGUGUUGAACACAAAUACGUAUUUGCAAAUACUUCAUGGUAUAGUUCAACCUUCAUUGAGCUAAUUUUCUGUUGAGUGAGUGAGUGAGUAUGGUUUUACGCCGCUUUUAGCAAUAUUCCAGCAAUAUCACGGCGGGGGACACCAGAAAUGGGCUUCACACAUUGUACCCAUGUCGGGAAUCGAACCCGGGUCUUCUGCGUGACGAGCGAACGCUUUAACCACUAGGCUACCCGACCGCCCCAAUUUUCUGUUGAACAGUUACCAUACUGUUAAUUUUGAAGAUAUAUUUUAACUGCCUCGUAUCAGUGUAUUUGAGUGGUUUGUUGUUUUGUUUGGCUAGUUUGUAUCAUAUAUUUGGUUCUACAUACCGUAUUCGACGUAAUAAGCUCCCGAGCGAUAUUUGCUGAUAUAUUGGCUAGUGAACAAUCCCAAUUAGCACCCCUUCCGAUUGAUCAAUGUACACAAGACUUAUUUAUUCUUGUAUAAUACGCACUCGGGUGUUAUCUGCACCCUCAAUUUUGGGCAAUUAAAUUCUGGAAAAUAUAUAUUGUGUAUAAUACACACAGACUUUUCUUUUGUAUCAUUUCAGGCUGUCAGCAUAAACCAUGAAAUUUACGAUCUUUCAACUCUGUUUUUUUUUCACCAAAAUUUUAUUCUAUUAAGAGCCCCCUAUUUCUAAUUUUGAGAGCCUCCUGGGCGCUUUUUGUGUCAAAUACGGUAAAUGUAUAUCCCUUGUCAAAGAUUCCAAAACCAUCGACUGAAGGGAGCAUACCGGCAUUUGUAAGCUGUAGGAGUUUUUGUUAUUUUUGUAAGCUUUACAACAUUACUUUCAUGACAACUGGUUAUGAUAUUCAAAGACAGUGACAUCUUGUUAAUUCAAAGUCAAGGGGAUUUUGUAAUUCUUUCCAUACUUGAAUUGUGGAGUUCCAAUAUUAGACAACAGUGCUGAUACAGAUUCUUCUGCAACAAUGAUAUAACAUCGUAAGUGAUGUUUUAAAUUGAUUGAGUUUAAAUUAACAAUGUUUCACUGUUGUUGUCUUCCAUUAUAGAGAAGCUCACAAAAAUAGGCUGUUCUUCUUGUAUGAUUAGACAUGGCUUUACAACUUUAUAUGCUUGAAAGCAUUACAUACAAAUGGCAUAAAGCUAUUAUUUGGAAACAGAUUAUGCAUUGUUGAUAUAUUGACACCUCUAUUGUAUACAAGUCUUUAAGAACAUUAUUGUAUUUUGCAACCAUUUCAAGAAGCAUUUUAUUUUUCUGAUCUAUUGGCAUCUGUGAAUGUUUUAUAUGAUGUAAUUUAUUUACAUGAUAUAUUUAAUUAAUUAUCAAAACAGGAUUCCUUUUGUUUUUCUUACUGCUGAUCUUCAAUUAAUUGCAUUUGUAAAAUGUAUUUCAAGUGAAAACUGUGUAUUUUUUAUGAACUUUGAUAUUGUCAGUGUCACAAUGGAAAUCAGUAUUAUUCUGUAUUUAAUGAAUCAGUUUCUUAAGAUGAUAAUGAAGCUGGAAUAGAAUUGUUAAAACCAUGUUUUUAAGUUUUUUUUAUGAUGUAAUUGAAUUAGGCAUAGUGUAAUGUACUUAGUUAUAUUUCUCAUUCCAACUUUAAGUGGUAUAUGGUUAUUUGACCUUAUAAUAACUUUUCUUGAAAGGCACCAAGGUAUAGGGUAUUGAGGUUGCGUAAUUCAUCUUGCCACCAUCAGCAGCCUCUGCAUCUGCAACAUUGUCUGUAGAGGCAUCACACAAGCUGUCCAUGUUUCACAUGUAACAUUAAUUGUUCGGAAUCUCCCAUAAUGCCAUUAUAUUGUAUUAUUUUUCAAACAACUAAAGCCAUGAUCUCAGUAUGUUAUUUUUUAGUUUACCAAAUAGGAAGUCAUCAGCUUCAAAGCUGACCAUCAUAUAUGUGGCAGAAGUCAUCAUUUAUCUUUUAAUGUUGAGUCCUUGAAAUCAUGAAGGGUAGAAUGGAAUUUUAAUGACAGUAUAACUUAGUAUAGUUGUAUGUUUAGUAUAGCGGUAAGCUUGCAUUGCAUGUCAACAGUGGAACAGUUCAAUCAAGCACCUAAGGCAUUUCUGUGAAAUCUGAGUACCGGUAUAUCUUUGCAAGGCAGUAGAUUAUGGUCUGAUACUGUAGUGUCACAAGCUCUACUGCAAACUGAGAGUUCAACAAAACAUAAAAUGUAUGUCUAGCUAGACUUUAGCCUAUAGUCAUGUUUAGUAUAUUUUCUGCAGUAUGUAUAUCAGGAUAUAAAUUCAUUCCACCUGAUCAAAUGGCAAUCCCUAAAUGGACAAGAGCCUUUUUGUAUCAUUCCCUAAUGCAGUUACUUUAGAAUUAUGGCUGUAAGCAUAAUGUUUUAUCAAUCACAACAUUGCUCAAACCCUUUAUGGCAUUUGAUAUUUGAACAUUUAUGUCCUAGGUGAGAGCAUGUUUGUCACAACUCAGACUUGUUGAAUUAUUUUUAAGUUUGACAAAUGCUGUAAUUUCUGGGUAACAUUCAUCAUUGGCAGGACACUGACAAAGGGAGCAAGAAACAGGUUUCUAUAAUGGAAAGCAUGUUAUAUUUGAUUUAGUGGCUCUAUGUUUAAAAUUGUUACAGGAAGUUGAAUGUAUUUUAGUUUUAGUUUCACUUUUUGUUCAAGGAAAAAUGUUCGUCAGUUUGGCUGCCUACAUCUGGCUUAUGCAAAAGAGUAAAGUGAUUAUGAAUGUCCUGUUUCCACCCUUGCUGAACUAGGCUGCAGUUUCUAUUUUGGCAGGACUAACGAGUCUAUGAAUAGUGCAAUCAAAUUCACACAAUGAAAUUGACAUCUGGUUCAUAAAAAAAUGGGGCAUAUGUACCGCCAACUGGGCAUCAACAGAUAUUUUACAAAUCUUUUCAUGUUUUUAAUCGAGGUAUUCAUGUCAUUAGAUGCACUUUGUGAGGUAAGACAUGUUCUAUUAGAAUAUAGAUCUUGAUUAUUGAUCAGAUUGUCUUCACUGGGAGCCGCCAUUUUGUUUCAAGGAAAUGCAAGUGGUAUGAGACGUGGAAUCUGAUUGGUCAAUACGAGUUACAUAGAGCAUAUAAUGGGGCAAAGAGGGACCUAACUUGUAAUAGCCACUGGUGGCGCUUUGAUCGAGCCACAAAGUUCCAGCCUAGUUCGGCAAGGGUGAUAACUGGACUUUUGUAGUCAUUUUACACCCUUGCCUUCAGAAAAUGGGAAGCCUGAUGGUAAAGGUGUUUGCUUGUCACUCAGAAGACCAGAGCACUUCUUACAUCGAAUAUGGUAACUUACUCAGUCAAGGCAUUGUGCUUAUUAUAUUUGGACAGUAGUAUGUUUUUUCUGUGUUAUGAUUUGAUUUAAUGUUUGGCUGUGUGACCAUCUGCAUCUGUGGACCAGAUGAUCUGGCUAUCACGGUGCGAAGUUUUACCUGAUAGUCAUGAUCAGAGAGUUGACUUACCCUGCAAGGUCUUGUAUUCUUCAGGAGACCUUCUGUCAUUGGGUUUCUGAAUAAACAACAAUGGCACAUGUUGCAAGCUUAGAUAGGAUCUCUCGUUGACUUUCAUGAUUGUCAUGUCAUGUUGACGUGUUGAAACAGUGUGGUACAUUGCUCAUAAUAUGUACCAUUGGUUUGUCUGUCCCAGACUCGAUUAUUUACAGUCUGUUGUGAAAUCACUAGAAUAUUGCAUACUCCAAUGUAAGACAACAAACACAACAUGGGAUCCAACUGCCAGCUGUAGUCUUCUUAGACAAUGCUGAAUUGUUUUAUAAAAGUUGUUUUUGUUUCAUGAUCACAAACAUUUAUUCUUCAUUUAGUUGUUCCUUACUAUUUUGUUAUGAAACUAUCUUUACAUCGAAUGAUUUUGUUGAUUUUUGAGAGAAGGAAAUAAUUUUGAAAAAAUGUUGCUUGGCUGACAUUAUUUUCAUUGGUCUUAAUGUUGUAGUCUCACCAAUGUUAGAAAUGGCAAAGGGUGCAUAAGUAUGUAGUUUGCUUACAAUUAUUUACACGUUCAUACUAUUUGUCUUUCAGUUAUAAUUGUUCAUAGUAUGCUCCACUACGAGUCUGUUUGGCAGAUAUUAUAUUUCAAUAUUAUUUUAUUGAUUGUUUUAAAAUAUGGCAAGAAACAAAUAUGAUUUUUAUCAUGAUGCAUUCAUCAGAUGUUUAUGCAUUGUUUUGAUUUAUGAAUGUAAGCUUCAUUUCAUGUGACCUAUAUACAAUUUGUAUAUGUAUAUAUGUAUAUUCAAUGCGACAGGCACACUUAUUUUUCCUGCUUUUCUACAUAAUCCGGGUACCAUGUUAUUUGUAGAGCAAUAGCUGAUCAUGUGUUACUUACUUGUUGGCGCCAUAUUUUUUUCACUAAGUGAUCUUAGUACUAAGACUGUCGGUUGUCCUGUAUGGGAUUUCGGCAGUUGUUGCGCUACGAUGGCUGUGUGAAAUAGGGCCGAGUGUAGCCUGCAGAGGAUAUCUAAAUGAUCAGUUAUUUAAUGGGUUUCAUGUAUCAUGGGAGUUUACUUUGCAAUGUGGUGUAAAUUGUGCAGAAAAUGCACAUAAAUAUAUUACGGCUGCAAUAAAUAUUUACCUGUCAUUUCCUAGCCUAGGUUCAUUAUUCUUGUUAAAAUGUUUAUGACGAUCUUGGUGAGUAUUUAGAAACAUUAGAUUGAUUAGAUUAGUUACUGAUUAUGAAACAAAAGACUUAGGGUGGCAAUUGCCCGAUUUUGACAUGUUACAAUAUACGCAUGUUAAGGAGGUUCUUGGACUUGACACACAAUGUCAUAGUGUCAUUAUAACUUUGUACAUCCGGGGUGCCAAACAACCCAGCUGGAAAUGAAGUGACAUGAACACUACAGUGUUAACACAUUCCACAUUAAUCUAUGCUUUUACCCUGUCUUUUGUGUGAGACAUUUGAUAAUGCACGUUACUAGCCAUUAAAGGUAUGUUUCAUUGUAUUAACAGAAGGAGAUUGAUGGGUGAGAUGUGCCAUCAUUUUAUACACUGUCAGUAAAUGCUUGUGACUGUUUAGCAUGCUUCAAGGAUAGGUAUAUCUGUCAGUCAGGGAUAGACCCGGCCACUUGUCCGUUAGUCCAAGAAUACUGAAAAUCUUCUGAAACUUGUUGAUUUCUCCUAAAAUCGAUCUAAUUUACAUGAAACUACUUGUCCAAAUUGAAUUGUGGACUAGUUGGAUUUGACCAAUUGGGUCUACCCCUGACAAUGUUGUUAUGUAAAUAUAUACAAGAAAAUAUGGAAGUAGAAUAGAAGACUUAUCUACCAGACUGAAGCCUGAUUCUUGUAAAAACAUUUAGACUAAUAGGUAAGUUAUGCCACUCGAAUCUGAAGCUCUGGUUAAGAUAAAGUAAGUGUCAUGUGAUAUAUUGUUUAACGACAAAAAUUAUUUAAAACUAUAUGGUUAAACUACAAGUCACAAAUGUUUGCAUUUCUUUCUGACAAUGAACCCAUUCCUUCUGACUUUUAUAUGUUUGAAUAAAGAUAAAACUUCAGUCAACUUCAGUGUAUGCAUGACCAGAUCGUUUUAUACGUGUAUGUAAAUACAUUUUGUCCAGGGCUAUGGUCAAACUAUUCCAAAUCAGACUUUUUGUACCUAUCUCUUGAGACAGUACCCGGGUAGGGUCGGGUAACAGGGGGUUGGUUACCUGGGCCCACUUGCACAAAGCGAUCUUAGCGCUAAGAUGAUCGUAACUCCCAUACUUUAGCAUAGGCUUACAAUAGUCUUAGCGCUAAGAUCGCUUUGUGCAAGUGGGCCCUGGGUAGUAAAUUUGGACUCAUCCCAGGCCCACAGUGAGGGAUAAUUGAUAGUCUAAGAUUCAUGUCAUUAAACUAUUAAAUGGCCAUAUGUUAAGGCAGAACAAAAAUUAGUAUCCAUUAUUAGAGGUAUCACUAAUGUGCUGACAUUUUUGUGCUAGGUUGUGCAUUAACUAUUUUGAAUAUUUUUUGUAUAUUUGUAAUCAAUGUCAUAGGUUAAGUGCUCUGAUUGUAUGAAUGUAUUAUAUCAGAAGUUUAUGAAGCUUCAUCACUAUCAAAUACAUAUAAUCAAAUAUGCAAGUAGUCCUCUUGAAAAUGAAUUGCUGUUAUCUUGAAAGGUAAAGAUUUGUGGUCAACUGAGGAUAGAUGUUUGUAUCUUAUGAAGUAUUUUGAUGUUUUGUCUUCACAUGCCAUGUGAGAUUAUGAUAUUUUAUCACAUUUUGAUUAAAGAUUUUGAAAGAAAAAUG